UAAUAUUGUGCUGGGUAAUUGUUCAACACAUUAGAAAUACCUAUUAAGCAGACUGCUGGCGGCCGUCAGUGGACAGUGGACUGAGCUACAAUGAAGCUGGCUGUGUAUCACCUCUUGACCACGUUGCUCAUUGGAUAUGGAGUUACGGAAAGCCCACUGGAUGAAGAUGUUGCUGGCCCCGGUCAAACAAUUCCAGUCCAGUCUACUGUAGUUCCUGUGACAGCCUCUACCAGCCCGGUCUCUCCCACUUUGCCCCUCUGCAACUCCACUGUGGCCCCCACCACGGCCCCCACCACAGCCCCCACCACUACCCCCCCACCGCCCAUGUUGCCCCCUCUCACUGUGAGGGACAAUUUCCUGAGCUCAGAGCAGUGUCUGAUGAAGCAGUUCACGCACUUGUCCUGCAGCAAAGUGUUCUGCCCCCCCUGGAGGCGAUGUCUGAAUGGGAGGUGUGAGUGCAAGCUGCCCUACCAGUGUCCCAAGACGACCUCGACAUGCGGCACCAACCGCCGGACCUUCACGUCCUUCUGCCAGCUGAAGGCAAUGGACUGCCUCCGCAACACUGCCUCCUUUUCCCACUUCGGCACCAACUGCAAAGGAGAAGUUUUUGAGACUCGCCUGAGAGGUGACGUGGUGGAAGUGAAGAUGCCAGAGGAGACCCUUCUCAUCUGCAAGAAGGGCUGGCAGAUGCCAGAGGCCAACGUUGUAUGCAGACAUGUGAAGAAACAGGAUAAAGGUGCAAAGAAAGCCACGACUGUUGUUUUUGGAGAAUCCAAUGUGGAGGGGCCACAGCACUGUGUUAGCGUACACUGCACAGGCUUUGAGAAUUCACUGGCUGAGUGCGCUUUCUAUGACCGAAAACAAGUCCUUUCCCAUGACGAGAUUGCAACUGCCACCUGUUACGAAGGCGACAGAGCCUGCUCUGAGUCAGAGUUCCCCUGUGUGAAUGGGAAGUGCGUCACCCUCACCAGUACCUGUGACGGAGUCAAUGACUGCGGAGAUGCCAGUGAUGAGAUGUGCUGCAAACGCUGUCGAAAGGGAGGAUUCCACUGUAAGUCUGAUGUCUGCAUACAUAUGGAUUCUGUGAUGGACGGCAUUGUUGACUGUUUAGGAGGAGAGGACGAGAUUAAAGGUCGAACCUCCAAACACACUGAGAGAGCAGAAUGGUUAGAACAUCACAAAGGGAGAGACAUCAUUGCCUCCACAAAAGAGGAGGUAAAAAAUACCCGAAAAGAGAUAGAGACAUUAGUCUGUGGGAAACCUAAUAGCCCCCUGUCUCCAACCACCAGUAGAAAAAGAAGGAAACGCGUUGUUGGGGGUGACGAAGCUGGCAAGACACAGUUCCCCUGGCAGGUAGCCAUUCAAGAGGGUGAUUCGAUAGACUGUGGAGGAAUCUAUAUUGGUGGCUGCUGGGUGCUCACGGCAGCCCACUGUGUCAGGCCCAAGCCAGACGCAUACAAAAUCAAGUUCUCUCUUUGGAGCAAGCUGGGCAGACAGGACACAACUGAUGUGGCCUAUGUCGAAAGGGUCAUCAUUCAUCACCAGUUCAAUCCCACCACUUAUCAGAACGACAUUGCCUUGCUGGAGCUACAGAAGCUACCAUUCACAUCAGAGUGCAUUCAUGAGAACCCAGCUAUUGCUCCGGCCUGUGUCCCAUGGACAGAGCACCAGUUCAAGCCUGGAGAUGAAUGCAGUAUUUCUGGAUGGGGACGGCAGGAAGGUGACAAAAAGGCGUUUAAUCUUAGAUGGGCAAACAUAGAAAUAAUUGGCAACUGUUCAGGGCUUUAUGGGUCCAGAUACUUUGAUGGAAUGGAGUGUGCAGGUGCGCUGGAUGGAAGUGUGGACACCUGCCAGGGUGACUCUGGGGGCCCACUGACAUGCAAGGACGCCAGUGGCACAGCGUACGUGUGGGGCAUCGUCAGCUGGGGGGAAAAGUGUGGCAUUGCCGGGCACCCUGGAGUCUACACCAAAGUCGCCUACUACUACGAAUGGAUUACCGCACACACUGGCAGGCCAGGCAUCAGCAAGUACAAUCUGUAGUCUUUUAAAAAAGAAAGACUAGUGAUGUAAAGCCCAGAUGCCUUUCCUUGUGAUGCUCAUGUGGCGCGGACUUGAGCUGACACAGGUCCAGAAGUCAGCGGAACAAUAAUUAUCUUGAUGCAUGAAUCUAUGUUACUUCACACGUUUUCAAAAUAGCAGUCAUGUCAGGUCUUUCAAUAAACAGACUUCACCUCCUGUGUAUCACUUAUAAAGUGAUGUAAUUCAGGGUGUUUGAUUGGCAAUGUCAGUAAUGUAUCUUGCAAGAAACUCUGUCAUCACACUGUUGUUGAGUGAUUAAAGUGAAAUUGCAGUUCCAUCA